AUGUGCACACCUGACCCGCCGCCGCCGCCGCCGCCGCCGCCGCUGCCGCUCGCCGUCGAAUCACCGACGAGGACGACGACGCGGAAGGACAGGCCAGAACAGGACACGGCGCCAGGGGCUAAGCCUGUUUUCGACCGGGCCGGCUACCGGUUUGCCGCCGCCGCCACGACAGAGGCGAAAAUAAGUGCCACGGCCGGCCUGCUGUUCGUCCGGUCCAGUCCGGUCCGGUCGGUCGGUCGGUCAUCCAGCUGCCGAGACAGCCGAGCGCCAGGCGACAUCAAGUCAGAGCUAGGCAGCAGCACAAGAACCGACUGCAAGAAGAAAAACAACAAGUGA